CCGACAAUAAGUCGUCGUCGGGUGCGUCCUCAUCCUCGCAGCAUGGCGUUGCCAGCACUGAACUUGGGGACGCGAAAGUCACGCCGCGCAGGCGCCGCAUUACGGUUUUGCCUCUGUCAGCUACAACAGGGAGCAAGGAGAGUGGAGCUUCUCCUAGCAAAACACGUCUUGCAGGCGUCGUUACAAUACCUGACGCAAAUGAGAGGACAGCACUCAGUGGAUCUGGUCCCGGGCCACCCAACACACUGCACCAAGAUUUAUCGGGC